GGAACCCCACAUCCGUCCACACAGGCCGGCCCGACGGUCCGCGUCUCCCCCGCGCCACCUCGCAGCCCGCCGCACUCGCCGCUCCGGCCGACAUGAGUGGGGACCAUCUCCACAACGAUUCCCAGAUCGAAGCGGAUUUCCGAUUGAAUGAUUCUCAUCAACAUAAAGAUAAACACGAAGAUGGAGAACACCGACACAAAGAGCACAAGAAGGACAAAGACAAGGACCGGGAAAAGUCCAAGCAUAGCAACAGUGAACAUAAAGAUUCUGAAAAGAAACACAAAGAGAAGGAGAAAACAAAACACAAAGAUGGAAGCUCAGAAAAACAUAAAGACAAACACAAAGACAGAGACAAGGAGAAACGAAAGGAAGAAAAGAUGAAAGCCUCUGGGGAUGCAAAAAUAAAGAAGGAGAAGGAAAAUGGCUUCUCCAGUCCACCACGAAUUAAGGAUGAACCUGAAGAUGAUGGCUAUUUUGCACCUCCUAAAGAGGAUAUAAAGCCAUUAAAGAGACCUCGGGAUGAGGAUGAUGCUGAUUAUAAGCCCAAGAAAAUUAAAACGGAAGACGUCAAGAAGGAGAAGAAACGAAAACUAGAGGAAGAAGAGGAUGGUAAAUUGAAAAAACCCAAGAAUAAGGAUAAAGAUAAAAAAGUUCCUGAGCCAGAUAACAAGAAAAAGAAGCCGAAGAAAGAGGAAGAACAGAAAUGGAAAUGGUGGGAAGAAGAACGUUAUCCUGAAGGCAUUAAAUGGAAAUUCCUAGAACAUAAAGGUCCUGUAUUUGCUCCACCAUAUGAGCCUCUUCCAGAGAGUGUCAAGUUUUACUAUGAUGGUAAAGUCGUGAAGCUGAGCCCCAAAGCAGAAGAAGUAGCUACGUUCUUUGCAAAAAUGCUCGACCAUGAAUGUACUACUAAUGAAAUAUUUAGAAAAAAUUUCUUUAAAGACUGGAGAAAGGAAAUGACUAAUGAAGAGAAGAAUACUAUCACCAACCUAAGCAAAUGUGAUUUUACGCACAUGAGCCAAUAUUUCAAAGCCCAAUCAGAAGCUCGAAAACAGCUGAGCAAGGAAGAGAAACAGAAAAUCAAAGAGGAGAAUGAAAAAGUACUUAAAGAAUAUGGCUUCUGUAUUAUGGAUAACCACAGAGAGAGGAUUGCCAACUUCAAGAUUGAGCCUGGAUCAGCCUGA